AUUUUCAAGUAGAUUUAAAAAUAUAAAUAUAAAAAUAGUGGAUGGCUGAAAAAGAACAUGGCUGAAGAAGAACUUGAUGAAGAAGAACCUUUACCACCUGGAUGGAUAAAAUCAUUUUCAAGAAAGUUUAAUAAACAUUAUUACUUUAAUAAUCAAACAAAUGAAUCAGUAUGGGAGCAUCCAUCUAAAAAUAAUAAUGAGGUUAAAUUUGUUAAUCAAAAUCAGAAACCAAAUCAAAAUAAAUUAGAAUCAAAUAUUGCAUCAAAACAAGUCAUAAAUAAUAAUGAUACGGUGAAAUUAGGAGGAGGCUUGUUAAAUUCCAAUCCUGUUUCAAAAGAAAAAAAUAUAAUUAAAAAAGGCUGUAUUGGUCUAAGAAACAAAAACUUGAAUAAAAAUGAAAACGACAUACUCCAUAAACAUGUUAUUUCAAAAGUUACAAAUUGGAAAAAGAACAUUGAACAAACACACGAAUCAGAGGGCAUUGUUAAAAACUAUUUACCAGUUAUGAAACCAGUUGAUAUAUCUUUAGCUCAGUCUUUAGACAAAAGUACUCCUGAAAACAAGUGUUUAUUGAAAAGAAAAAAAUCUGAUAGUGAUCAUUCUUACACUUCAUCAAAUACUUUGCCUUAUGAUUCUCCUACUUAUCCAAGAGAAUCAGAUCUAGGUUCCUCACGAGCUGGUUCAGUGUGCAGCAAACGUUCAGUUCAUUCUGGUUUAAAAAUUAAUAAAAUGACCAGUAAAAAUAUGAAAUCUACUGGGAGUAAAAAGAGCUUUCAAGAAGAAAAAAUACCAAUAAAAAAGACAUCACUUCAUAAUGAAAAACUCACUCCAGCUAUGAAAAACAUUUUUAAAAAUGCUCAUAAAAGUAAUGGUGACUUGGGUAUUAUAGUCCCAAAAUCAAAAUAUGUUGCAUAUAAAAAGAAUCCAGAACUUAUAAAAAACCUAAAUGAAAAGGUGAUUCCACAAUCCUUUGUUAAAGAUGCGGCAGAAAAUUAUUCAUCUGCUAUAAAGCCAAUAAAAUUAGAUAAAAGCAUUGAAAAAAAUGAGAAUAUAAACUUUGUUUCUUCGCCUGAUAAGUUAAAGGGUUUUGCGAAUCCUUUUUUCGAAAACAAUUGCAAAAUAAACUUUAAUGAUGAAAAACCAAAAGAAAAUAAAUCAAUAUUUGCUACUACAGUUACAUCUUUUUCAAAUAAUACUCAAAAUUUUAGUACUAUUGAAACAAAAUCACAGUGUGACACUUUUGAGCCUAUGCAAUGUGAAGAUGGUAUAUUUUUUAAUCAAUUAACUGGAAAUGUUGUUAGUAAUGAAAAUCAAGAUUCUAUAGAAACGCUAAACAAGGAAGCAGCAGAAGAAAAGAAUCGUUUAUCGUUAAAUGGGUUUCUUCUUACUAAAGAAACAGAUCUGUUAGAAGAUGAAAUGGAAAUUGAUGAUGCUUCUGAUUAUAAAAACAAAAUUUUAAAAGAGAUUCGUGGUAUCAGAGAAGAAAAAGUUGUUCAAAAACCUCAGAUUACAGAUCUUGGCAGUGCUCUGUUACCAACUUAUAAUGAACCCCUUUACAUAGUUGUUGACACCAACAUUUUACUUGCACAUUUAAAAUUUGUUUCAGAACUAAAAGAUUUUCCAUUUCCAGGUGUUGGAACUCCAAUUUUAAUCAUUCCAUGGAUGGUACUACAAGAAUUAGACUCGCUUAAGGAUGCUGUUAACAGAACUCACACAGAAGAAAAUGCUGAUGCUGAGGUACAAAAAACAAAGCUAAAUAUAUUGGCAAGGCAAGCAAUUCAUUUUUUAAACAAAUGUUUUGAAGGAGAACACCCUCGCGUGAAAGGUGAAUCUGUUAUAGAGGCUGGUUUGGCCAUUGAAGGUUUUACUGAAUUGACCAAUGAUGACAGUAUCAUUCACUGUGCUCUUGCUUUAAAGAAACAAGCCAAUCAAAGUCAUACAGUUAUGCUUUCUAACGACAGAAAUUUGUGUAAUAAGGCAAUGACAAUGGGCAUCAAAUCAUUUUCCCAACAGAGUAUAAUGCCUGGUCUUAGAAGUUUAUUUGGUACGAUAGUUGUAAAAAAAGAAAAUUAUAAAGAGUUUUAUGAACAACGCAAAAUACAAGAAAUAGUGACCAGAAGAAAAAAACAGGCCGAUGAAAUAUCAUGUGAACUUCAGUGCAUUUUACGUGAAGCACUUGCAAGAGUUGUUGAAACUGAAAUGAAAGCAGCAUAUGGUGACGAUUUGUGGUUGAAAAUUGUCAAAAUUCAGCCUCCUUGGACAUUAAAUGACUUAUUUAUACUUUUGGAAAGACAUUGGAUUGCUGUUUUUGGUAUGAUACUCAAACGGUCAUUAGAAAAAAACAUAACUAAUCUUAAGGAAAUGUUUCAAACUUUAGAAGGAAAAGCUCAGGAUUUCGAAUCCAUAAAAGUUCUCCUAAAUGAAAGCCUUCUUAUAUUUGAGGAAUUUUCAAAUCAUUCUGAUUAUGAUGAAAUGCUCAUAAAUGCUUUAUCUGCUGUACAUGUGCUUUUUGGGAAAUAUAAUGAUAUUAUCAAACAUGAAUACCCUGUCACACCACUUUAUUCUCCUUUUCAUAAUGGUGAAAUCCAGAGUUUGGGUGAAAUUUCUGAUGGAAAUAUGAAAGAAGGCCUUUUAGCAGUCAAGUGUAAAGAAGGGUCUGUAAGGUGCAAAGAACUGCUUUCCUCGUCAAAUCUAACAGUCAUGCAAACAUUUGAGGCUAUUUGGUUAACAGUUAAAAGAUUUAGUGCAUUGAUCUUCUACAGUCUAGAUUAUCCGAGUCCAUAUUUAAAAGAACUAGAUUCAAAUGAACCAAAACCUUCGCAAAAAGAAGCUCUUGAAUGUUUAAACACUCUCACUCCAUGCUUAUUACGUCUUGUAAUGGCGAUUCAUAACAUUUUGUUGGUGAAUACUGAUUGCACAACUUCUGAUACAGUUGUUUCCAAUCUACAGCAAUCCUUAAACAAUUUUAUGAUAAAGGUUAUGAAAAAAAAAUGUUCUUUGACGUCUGAAGAUCUUCUUAAAUUUUGUAAAGAAUCUAGUACAAGGAGUGUUUUGGUUAAAGGUUUAUCUCAAUUAGAUCAUGCGUAUGCUUUACUUCAACAAUGCGUAGAUUACAGAAAUGGGUAGAUAAGCAAACUUUGUAUUUUCCCAUUGAAAUUUAUUUCCCCAAUUUUCCCAUGAAAAUGUUUCAAUCUUAAAAUCAGUAAACUUGAUUCAACUAAAGUUUAUCAUAUGCAGAGGAUGUUACGCAACUUUAGAGAAUGUUAUCUUUGCAACUUUACUUGACAUUUAUGCUUUUGUAUUUUUUGUAUAUUAUUGUUUUGUGUUGUAAAAAAAUGAUAUAUUCAAGGAAAAGUGAAUUUAUUUUGGAGUAUGUGUACAAGUUUGGUCAAAGACAGAUUUUUUAUAUAAUUA